AUGUCUUUAAGAGUUUUGGGAGCGAAAGCAGCAGCAUCAUUAGAUAAAGAAUUGAUGUCCACCCAGGGCUUUUCAUUGGACCAAUUGAUGGAAUUAGCAGGACUAAGUGUCGCUCAAGCAGUAUACAAGACAUAUCCUCCAAAAUCUUACAAGAAAGUUCUCAUUUUAAGCGGUCCUGGAAACAAUGGCGGCGAUGGCCUUGUUGCUGCCAGACACUUGAAGUUGAUGGGAUACCAUCCUUCGGUAUUCUAUUUCAUCAAACUGGCGAAAUUCGAGAAAUUGGAAAUACAAUUGCACUCGUUUGGUAUCCCAUUAUACUUAUCUACAGACUCCCAGGAUGUUGUUGGGGAUAUCAAGCGGUUGGUGAUGUCGCAUGACUCUAUCAUUGAUGCGUUGUUUGGGUUUUCCUUUAGACCCCCAUUGAGAGAUCCUUACAAUCAAGUCAUCAAAGGACUUAUCGCCAGCGGGAAACCGGUGAUCAGUGUGGAUAUGCCCACUGGAUGGGACGUCGAUGAGGGCCCACGAGCCGCAGCAAUUCCUCAAGAUGAGGUGCUCGAGCCAUCGGUAUUGGUGUCACUAACUGCCCCUAAACCAGCAAGCGUGUACUUCAAAGGCAAGUACCACUAUUUGGGUGGUCGGUUCAUCAGCGAGGCCAUCGCUCAGAAAUACAACUUCGACGUGCCUCAAUACCCAGACCUCGACCAGGUGGUGCGAUUGUGA